CGGUCUGUGCGGUGGUGUGAUGACUUGAUAUGUCCAUCGCCUAUAUUCCCGAACCAGAGAAGGAAGGGUUGGUUCAAUCGCAGAGGAGACCAGCUCUGGCGAAACGAUGGUUACUACCGGACACCAGCACCAGAAGACGCGUACCCUCCUGAUCUUGAGGGCUACCCAGAGCCUGGAUGUGGGUGGCAGAAUGAGGAAGGAACUCGCAUUGACAUCAGUCAUCGUCUGAUACCCAAACCUCCCCUGCGCUCUGUAUUGAAG